AUGGACGGAACCAGUAGCAGCACCCCGCAGACGGCGGACUUCUGCCUCAGUCUGAUGCAGCAGCUGUACAAACCGGAGCAGAAUCUGGUCAUCUCGCCCUACUCGCUGGUCUCUGCGCUGAUCAUGCUGGUGGUGGGCAGCGCCGGCAACAGCCAGCUGCAGCUGCUGAAGACGCUCUUCGACAAGCAGCUCAGUGCCCUCUCCUCCGAGGCGAGCAAGCAGCUGGUGACCGCCUUCACCUCCACCAACCGCCAGAUGCUGGAGAAGAACGACAAGACGCUGGCCAUUGGCAACUUUCUCUACUCCAGCGUCGACUUUCCCCUGCACGCCGAGUACGUGAACAGCCUCACCACGCAGCUGUCGGCCAUCGCCAAGACGCUGAACUUCACCGAGGACGGCGGCAACACCGCCGUGAAGAUCAUCAACGAGGACGUGGAGAAGACGACCCGCGGGCUGAUCCGCCAGCUGAUCGACAGCCUCCCGCCCACCACGCGCAUG